AUGCUUGGAUAUAUGAUACCGUUGUUCUCCAUUGCAACCUACACAACGGCGGGUAUGGGACUCAGCCAGGCGCAGGGUGCAUCCAUCCAAGCUGCUAUGGCGGCUGGACAACUAGUAGGGCGCCCAGCUCUGGGACUCGUGCUUGACUUUUUCGCGCCCAUCACACUCGUAGCUGCACCAAGCGCAUUCGCACUCGACAAUUACUCUCAAGAAGUCUUACAUCGAACUGGAGUAGACGUGUUCAAGAUUGGGAUUGGACUAGCCGGAGGCGCCAACAUCGUCGCUGCGAUUGCCCUGUUCGCCGCAAAGAAGUUUGAGCGCAAAGAUAGAGAUUAA